CAAUAUUUUUUAUUUUACAGCCUGCACUGCAGAACCAGUUUUCUAUUUAUUCCGCCAAAUUAAUCUCUCCAUUCCUUGAGUUUCUCCAUUUCUGUCAUUGAGUAGUUUUUUGUAACUACCAUACUUCCUUUCCACCGUCAAUGGCGCCCCUUUUCUUGUUCAGCUUUUUGGCUCUGCUAAUCUCACCGGCGGUCUCCCUCACCUGCAACUCCCAAAAUUUCACCAAAAACCGCCUCUACUCCAAAUGCCUCGACCUCCCUACUCUCUCCUCCUACCUUCACUUCACCUAUAAUUCCUCCAAUUCCACCCUUUCCGUCGCCUUUGUUGCGAAGCCGUCUCAAUCAGACGGCUGGAUCUCGUGGGCCAUCAAUCCGACGGGAACCGGGAUGCUCGGGUCGCAGGCUCUCGUUGCCUACAAGAAAUCCGGUGGUGCGAUGGUUAAGACCUAUAAUAUUAGUUCGUACGGUCCGAUUUUGGAGGGGAAUUUGUCAUUUGAGGUCUGGGACAAUACCGCGGAGAGUGGGUCGGAUGGAACUCUAACGAUCUUCGCGAAGAUCAAGGUACCGGCGGAUUUGGCGGCUAAAGGAGCAAUCAAUCAGGUCUGGCAGGUCGGGCCCGGGUUAGGGACAAACGGUGGGUUGGUGCCGCACGCUACUGCCCCUGCGAAUUUGGCAGCAAAGGGAACCUUAGAUUUGAAAAGCGGACAGAGUGCUAGUGUGGGUGGAGACAGCAGGACCAAGAAAAAAAAUAUUCAUGGAAUACUGAAUGUUGUUAGUUGGGGAAUUUUGUUUCCUGUGGGAGUCAUUAUUGCUCGGUAUUUGAGGACUUUCGAGUCUGCAGAUCCAGCAUGGUUCUAUCUUCAUGUUUUCUGUCAAUUAUCAGCCUAUGUCAUUGGUGUUGCUGGCUGGGGAACUGGUAUGAAGCUUGGAGCUGAAUCUAAGGGAGUCCAAUACAGAGGUCAUCGCAACAUUGGGAUUGCCCUUUUCUCUCUUGCAACCGUGCAGAUUUUUGCGUUGUUGUUGAGACCGAACAAGGACCACAAGUAUCGAUUUUACUGGAACAUUUAUCAUCAUGGCCUUGGAUACAGCAUAAUCAUUCUCGGCAUCAUCAAUGUGUUCAAGGGUUUUAAUAUCUUGCUCCCCGGGGAACACUGGAAAACAGCUUACAUCAUUUUGAUUGCUGUCUUGGGUGGCAUUGCUGUGUUGUUGGAAGCACUUACCUGGAUUGUAGUUUUGAAGAGAAAAUCCAGCAAGUCCACCAAGCCUUAUGAUGGAUACAACAAUGGCCAGGGUAGAGCAUAGACAGCUGCUGCACGCAAUAUGAUCAUACUCAACAUGCUUGAGAUCCUAUGGCGUCUUCUGAUUUUGUACCAUCCUUUGUCUUCUCUACUCGUUUCAAAGAUUUCUGAGGGUUGUUUAUAUUGGAUCACUUCUUCCAAGAUAAAGACAGUACUUCAUCUUGUAUGAUGGUUUGAUCUCACCUGUUAGAUAGUUCAUAGAAGCUGAUUUUUCGGUUGUUUAGAUUAUGGUUCUUUGCAGUUAGGAUCUUUGAAAGAAAUAGACUUUUUCUUUGUAC